UUGUCCAGACCUUCGGCUUUACACGCUGCAAUUUUUGAGCACUCGUAAAGUUGAAUUUGUGGGGUUUUUUGUGUCUGUGUAGUUUUCCGAUGAAUUUGACAAUGAAUUAACAGGUGCGGUCCAACUUUUAUGGAAUUAUGGGUUCUUAAUUGUGUAUAAAUCCGAAGACUCAAUGUGAUCAAAUGCAUAGAGUUAUGAGCUUAGUUGAGCGGUUUGAUAUGAUGGAGCCUAAAUGGGUUUGGAUAUUACUUGCAGUUUUGGUGAUAGAAGGGUGGUAUCAAACAGAGGGGUGCUUGGAGCACGAGAGAGUUGCUCUCUUUCAACUAAAAUCUUUCUUUGAUGAUCCUUCCUCUUUGCAGGACUGGGUGGACGUAAAGGGUUCACACUGUUGUCAAUGGGAUGGGGUUAAAUGCAGCACCACAAGUGGACGAGUCAUUCAACUUUCUCUUAAUGAUACAAGGCAAUGGAAGAAAGAUAGAUAUGAUGUUUAUCUCAAUGCUUCCCUGUUUUUUCCUUUUAAGGAGUUGAAGAGUCUGUAUUUGGUUGGGAAUAGAAUUGCUGGUUUUGUCGACAAUGAAGGUAUUGCAAAGUUAUCAUCUGAAUUGAAAAAAUUGGAAAUCCUCGACUUAAGUGGCAAUCAGUUGAAUGAUAGUAUAUUAUCAUCAUUAAGUGAGCUUUCGUCUCUUAAAUCUCUACUUCUAGCAAGCAACCAUUUGACAGGAUCAGAUCAUAGGAAUGGUUUUAAAUGGCUUUCAAGACUUAGUAAUUUGGAAACUCUUGAUUUAAGUUGGAACCAUUUGAAGAACAAUAUCCUCUUACAUGUGGGUCAUCUUUCAUCUUUAAAAACUUUGAAUUUGGCGGAAAAUCAAUUGGAAGGAUCUGUCAAUAUCAAAGAAUUAAGCAGACUGAGGAAGUUGAGGAACUUGGAUUUACACUACAAUGAAAUUGAAACCUUCGGAUCCUACUCCUUUGAAGAUAGCGGGAGACAAGUAAUGAUGAGUCUGGAGGAGCUUGAUUUGAGUGGCAAUCUUCUGCUCAACAGCAGUUUUGCAUUCAUCAGCCGCCUAUCAAAUCUGAAGUCCUUGUCCAUUGCAGACAACAAAUUACAAGGGUGUAUAGAUAUUAAAGAAUUGAAUAAAUUAGCAAAGUUGAAGAUGUUGGAUCUGAGAUACAAUCAAAUUGAAAGCCUCCGAUCCUUCGACGAUAGCAACAGACUGCUGAAGUUGAUGAAUUUAGAACAACUUGAUCUGAGUGACAAUCCCUUGAACAACACCAGAUUGGGAGUGCUUAGUGGACUUUCAAAUCUGAAAUCGUUGAGUUUAGGAUCCAGCCAGUUGAAAGGGUCAAUAAAUAUAAAAGAGUUUGCAAAUCUCAAAAAGCUUAAAUCUGUAGAUCUAUAUAGAGUUUUCAGUGACGGAACUGUUUCGUUGCUACAAGUGGUUAAAGGUUUCCCGUCAGUUAAGACCUUUUAUUUAUAUAACAAUUACUUGAACAAGACUAUCUCUACUAAAGAGUUGGAAAAUGUAUCCACUAAUGUACAAGAAAUAUCCGUCUUCAAUUCACAUAUGAGCCACAACAUUCUUGAAAGCAUUGGAGCAUUGACUUCUCUUAGACAGUUGACAUUGUCAAACAGUUGGUUGACCGGCCCCUUACCGUCUAAAGGUUGGUGUGACUUGUGGAACCUCGAAGAGCUAGAUCUCAGUGGAAAUACAAUUGAGGGGUCAAUUCCUUCUUGUUUCAGUAACUUGAUUUCUCUUCGUCUUCUGGAUAUUUCAAAUAAUCACAUCGAAGUUCCAUCUUCAUUCAUACCAUUUGCAAACAACUCACUUCUCAAGUAUCUAUUGAUGGAUCAAAUCCAUUUGGUAAGAGAACCUACAUUUCAGAUUCGGACCAAAAACUCAGAGUUUCAACUAAAAUCCUUGAGUAUGUCAAAUUGUUCGACAAAGGGACUCUGUAAAGAACUUCCCAACUUCCUCUAUGACCAGUAUGACUUGAGAUAUCUUGACCUUUCGGAUAACAACUUCGGUGGACAAAGUCCAUCUUGGUUGUUGGAGAAUAAUACAAGGCUACAACAAAUUUUCAUGGCAGGCAAUUCUUUCAAGGGUCCUCUGCAGUUACCAAAACAUGCUAAUGUGAACAUUUUUGAAGUUGAUAUGUCUGGGAAUAAAAUGCAAGGCCAAGUUCCGAUGAACAUAUGCUCAACGUUUCCACAUUUGAAGUCCUUUUCCUUGUCUAAGAACGGCUUUGAAGGUAAUAUUCCUUCAUGCUUUGGUGGUUUGAAGUCUUUAUUAUGGUUAGAUCUAUCACAUAAUAAUUUUUCUGGAGGAAUAAUGGAAGAGUUAACCAACAGUAACUCACUGGAGACUCUCAGACUUUCAAGUAAUAAUUUGAGUGGAACAAUACCACCUUCAGUAUUUAGCUCAACUGAAAGGUUGUAUUUGGAUGGCAAUAACUUCCAUGGAGAGAUACCAAAAAUUGAUAUCUCAAUCAGUUUUCCUUUUCUUAGUGAUAUGGAUCUAAGCAACAACCACUUGUCUGGUAAGCUCCCUAGAUGGAUCUGGAAUGCAUCAAGGUUGGAGGCAUUAGUUCUUUCCAACAAUCUUUUCGACGGUCAUAUUCCUCUUGAGCUAUGCAAUUUAAAUUCCCUUAGAUUUUUGGACCUUUCAUGGAACAAUUUAUCUGGAUCUGUGCCAUCUUGCAUCAGUUCACUAACCAUAGAGCAUCUCCACCUGAGCAGAAAUAGACUAAGUGGUCCCCUGCCACGUGCGCUUCACAGCAGCUCUUCACUGGUGACAUUAGAUCUAGCCAAAAUAACUUUACUGGCAAAAUUCCAAAUUGGAUUGGAACCCUUUCAGCUCUGAGUAUCCUCAUUUUGAAAGCCAAUCACUUUGAGGGUGGAAUUCCUACUCAAAUAUGCCAAUUGAACUCAUUAAGUAUAAUAGAUCUUUCUCAAAACAAGCUUUUUGGUCUUAUUCCUUCUUGUCUAAGUAAUUUAUCUCUU